AUGGUCUUUGGAAUAGGACUGAUUGUCAAUACGGUCCUUGUGGCCAUCCCAGUCGGGGGAAGCGUUGGAGCUCUUAUGGGAAUUGACGCCCACCGAGCCGCUACAGGUCAGAAGCCUCUAUUCACCGGGGGGAGCACCAACGAUGGCACCGAAUCCGGUGGCGGCGGUAGCGACAGCACUGGCGGUGGCGGUGGUCAUGACACUGUCACGAACAACGGCAUACAGAACACCCAAUACUGUGAACUAUCUUGGGGAAUAACCCCACCGUCAAAGACUGAGCAAUACACCCUGAACCCCAAUCAAUGGGGUGUGAAAAAGGAUACGACAGGAAACGGGCUGUGCAUGAAUGUCACAACGUUAGUCAACCAGACUUAUGCAGCCCAGACUGCUCCCGAGUUCUCCAUCACCUGGCAAUUCGACCCUGGCCCUCAGACUGCGCCUGUCCACGGAUACCCGAAUAUUCGCGUCGACGAUGUGUUGCCAAAGGAAAUGGAUAAGAUCACAGAGUUGUAUCUUGACCUGCAUUGGACAUAUGGAGUGGGUGACACCCCUGCUGCGUCAACAGAUGUACAAGCGUUGACAGACGAAAACCUUGCCACAAACGUCGCCAUUGAUAUGUUCUUGGACACCGAUGCCGACAAAGCCAAGAAUGGAACUGAGGCGAAAUUCGAGGUCAUGGUUUGGUUCUGGAUGUCAAACGAGGAGGCCCAGCCUCUUGGAUGGGGGAAACCAGGAAUCAAGAGGACCGUGGGAGGAACGACCUUCACGCUUUACGAGGGUGAAAAUGACAACGGACAAUAUGUCUUGUCCUGGGUUCCGGAAACGAUCGUCGAGAAGUUCACUGGAGACAUUUACCCUCUCAUUACCGAUCUGUAUAACUUGGAAGGAAGUGACUACCCGGCCAAGGAUGACUAUCUUGGCAGUCUCAGUUUCGGAACAGAAACCUACUCUGUGAACAAGAAUGUCACAUUCUGGGCCGAGCAGUACAAGAUCGACAUCAGGAGCUAA